UUAAUGUUAAUGACAUAAAGAUGUCGGACGACUGUACUAUACUUUUCUGACAAAAUUUGAGAAAUUAAGUCCUAAAUAAGAUUAGUCAAUUUUUAACUUUAAUUUCCAGACGUCAUAUGUAAUUGCGGUUUUUGACCUAGAUUAACGUCACAAUGGUCAAGAAAAAGAGACAAAGCGAUCCCAGUGAAAACGGAGACGACUCGACAGAAUCUUGCGAUGAAACCGUCAAAUCCGCAUGUCCUCAUGUAGCCAAAGCUGUUGACCUUACUAGAUUAAAGAAGGCUUUAAAAACCGGAGGUUUCGAAAAGGAAUGUUCGGAGUGCAAAAAAAGUCCGAAAACCGAAAUUGCUGAUUCAAAUUAUGAAGAAGAUGUCACUCUCUGGAUGUGUCUGCGUUGCGGAACUCAGUUGUGCGGUAGAGCGAGAAACAAGCAUGCCCUUAACCAUUUCCACACGCCACAUUCUGAUUGCCAUGCAUUGACAGCGAACACCACAACCUGGGAGAUCUACUGUUAUAACUGUAACAAUGAAAUCACAGCCUCCAGCGCUAAAAAACUACAUGAAUGCAUAGAAUAUUUGAAAAAGCAAUCUUCAAAUAACCCUAAGUUGCCUCCUAUAGCGUUACCCCUCGGCUCGUUAGAAUCUAAGUUAGAGUUGCCAAUGCCACUUGAACCUAUCUCAAGAAAUGACAAAGGUAAAGAUAAAGCUAUGGCACUAAACCUGCCGAGGGUAAGAGGACUGACAAAUUUAGGAAACACAUGUUUUUUCAAUUCUGUAAUGCAAUGUUUAGUACAGACCCCUUAUUUAUUAGAAGUUUUGCAAGAAAUGUCAUCACCCGGUGAGAAGUUCUCUCUAUCUGGUGGUAAAUUAAAAAUUAAAGGUGAUCAGAGCGGGGAUGAGGGUGUGGAAAUGGAACUUCCUCCGAUCACAGGACAGUUAGCAGAAUGGGGCACAUUAACAAAAACUUUAGCUGAGACUUUAGCCGAGUUGCAAGCGGGUGAAGGAGGUGUGUAUAAUCCUCGGCGUUUGCUGUCGGCAUUAGUAACAAAGCUCCCGCAAUUUGGUGGCGGGGACCAACAUGAUGCUCAUGAACUCUUGAGGCAUCUACUCGAAGCUGUCAGAUCUGAAGAUCUCCGUCGCUACCAGUCAGUGAUACUCAGCAGCCUUGGUAUGAAUUCAAAAGUUGAUCCCGCCAAAGUUAAUGGGGAAGUUAAGCAAAAAGUCAAAUUCUAUGGGCAGCAGGCCUCCGACACCAUGCUCAGACCUGAACAGGUUUUCCGUGGUUUUCUGGUGUCAACCCUGGAGUGUCAGGAGUGUUAUUCCCAUUCUGACCGGGCGGAAUACUUCUUGGACCUGUCUUUACCCGUGGCCGCAUUUCGUCCGCAGCCACCAGCUAUCGUCCGUAGGAAGACUAACGAGGAAAACAAUACUAAUACCCAAGAAGAGAAGCCAUCUAAACAUCAGUUGAAGAAAGAGAGAUAUGCUAAUCGAAGAGUAGCCAGAAAGAGUCAUAAAGGCACUUCCAAAGAUAAAGAAACAAAUGGACCAAAGGAGGACGAAAAAUCCUCAUCCGAGUCGGAUGCUGAUGUUGAAGAUAACUUGGAAGAUCAGCCUCGACAGACGGAGGCGUCGACAUCCGUUGGCACGCAAGCCGUUGCACACACGGCCGCCAACUUCGCAGCCUACCACAUGGAAUCUGGUUAUAACUCCGAAAAAGUUAUCAGCUCAGACUCGAUACGCACCAGUCCCGUGGAUUUGGAUAAAGAAAAGACGGACAACACGCCGGAGUCGACGGAAAAGGAUAAGGAAUUCGUUGAAAACUCCACCUCCACGAACAUCAUACCCUCGGAGUAUAAACCUUUAAUACCAUUAGAGAAUUUCUCCAACCCGGACUCCGGUGUCGCGAGUCCGGAGGCGACGAAGCAUAAUUCAACAGAAACCGUGGACAACGUCGACUCGCCUCUGAAUGGGAAAGAGCUCGGCAGUCACAGUUCAUUGUCCAGCGAGAUCAACUUGGACCUUUCGAGCCCCCAGCACAACAAACUGUCACCGGUCAAGAGCGUCUUCGAAAGACCGGUAUCACGAAUAUCUUUCGCGCCAGAAUACUCGAACGAGGUUGUGUCGAGGGGUAUCAGCGCACAGGGCUGUCGUGAGCUCUUCGACAACAGCUGGGAGGUAAACACCCUGGAGGAGGCCGUGUUCCAGGAAGAAAUCGCUCUUGAUAAACUUAAAAUUGAACCCGAAGCGAAACCUCCACCUCCGUCGUCCCCGGCGGCAGUGCCUCCACCGCCCGCCCCCAAACCGAAGCUUCCGGAAGCGGAGCCGGAGAGCAUCGUGAACAGAGAUCUCAUGUCCUUCUCCCGCCAGAGCCCGCCGUCCCCGCGUUACGUAUGCGAUGAAGACGAAUGCAGCGUGCAGUCCUGUCUCAGCCAAUUCACAGCGCUCGAGCUGCUCACCGGCAAUAAUAAAGUCGGCUGCGACACGUGCACCGAACGCAUCAACGGCAAGGGCGGCAGGACCGUGUACACGAACGCGACCAAGCGGUUCCUGGUGUCGAAGCCGCCCGCGGUUCUCAUCCUGCACCUAAAGCGCUUCCAGCUGGGACCCCGCUGCAUGUUCCGCAAGAUGACCAAGCACGUGGACUUCCCCAUACUACUGGACCUGGCGCCUUUCUGCGCCGCGGACAAGUCGAGACGCCGCAGUCGGCUGUUGUAUUCUCUGUACGGGGUCGUGGAACAUUCUGGUGGUAUGCACGGUGGACAUUACGUGGCGUACGUGAAGACACGGUCCUCGCCCGCCGGCCGCCGCUUCCUGCCGGGGCGGGUCCGCGACGACGAUUCUGAACUAUCGGGGUACGAAUCGGGCGAGGCGCCGCCGCCGCCCGCCGCUCGCUGGUAUUACGUAUCCGACAGUAUGGUGUCGGAGGUCAGCGAGGAAAAGGUGCUCCGCGCUCAAGCCUACCUGCUGUUCUACGAGCGCGUGCUGUAGCACCCUGUAUAUAGCGGUGUCCAGCUAUAUGAUCCGUCGAUUCGAUGUGGUCCUCGUGCUCCGUGAUGUUAACCUUUAAGACUGUGCAGUACGCGUCGUGGCGACUGUGUUGUGGGGGAUUCCUGAGCUAGGAAAACGUUCGCCAUCUAUGAUGCAUGCUGUCCGCGGUAACUCAUUUCAUUAACACGCAUAGUUUCGCUUAACUUACAACGCUUCUAAACCGACCUGAGUUUUUUAACGCCUCUCCAGUCAUCACUAGUGUCGGUUUUCAUCCCGUCUUGAAUGAUCCACGAUUAUUUGCAAAACGAUUUAAGUAUAAUUCUAUCGCAAGAAACUAUGUUAUACGUAAUACUUUUAAAGUGUAUUUAUUUCUGAACCGCUCGUGAUGGAGAUGUCUUCCGUUAGUGUCAACAUUGCUACGCUAUGUAUUACCUCGUGAGUUAAUUGGCAAAUCGUGUUUUUAAUUAUAUUUUGUAAUGUCUCCUUCAUAAAAUCGUCGGCCUCACAUUCUCUGUUAUUUUUAACAUUAACAUUGACAUGUUUCUAUUAUAACUGAAACUAGUGUACAUUUACAUUUUAAAUAAAACAAAUAACUCGAUCAAUGUGAGCGCCAAUGUCUUCUGUGAACUAAUGAGUACAUAGUUUUAAUGACCUCGACCUUAUUUGUUCUUAUAUUGAUUUGUUCAUUAGUUGAGUGCUCAAUUUAGUUACGCUGUUCCUGUGUUCAACUAAUUUUAUGUUGAUAUUAAGGAGCUUUCAGAGAAAUUGCAUAAGCCAACGAAUAUUUUCUAAUUUCGCUCAUUGAUAAAGAGCAUUUGGAAAGUAGAUUUCAUUAUUAUUAUUAUUAUUAUUAUUAUUUGUUUUGUAUGGCUUUUUAAUAUUAUCUUCCUUGCUGUUGUUUGUUGAAAUUAUUUUUUUUCAUUUCGAAUGCUAUUGAUUGUCAAUUUCUCAAUCAGCUCUUUAUAGAAUUCGGUGCAAGGAAAUAUGCACAUUAGUUAACCUGUGUUGAUGUUAUAUGAAUGAUAAUUUUUGUAUAUUGAACCACACGCAAUGUCAGGAGGACGUGUAUUAAAUAAAAUAGAUAUAAAAAA